GGAGGUGAAUAAUGGCCGCAACUAAAAAUUAUUCGAAAUACAUGGCCGUACUUGUUGUCGUAGCUGUAGUCGGAAUGAUCAAUUACGUUGACAUUUUUCCGGCCACUAAGUCCAAUUUCUAUGUCUUAGUAGAACAAAGUGCGCCAACGGUUGCUCCUUCUUGGGAACGAUCUGAAGGAUAUAGUCGUCUAACAACUCCAGAUGACAACACCAAGCAGGCUUGGAUAAGCCAAUCGCCGAGAAAUGCCCUCAGGAAACUAUCCACAGCUUCAGAAACAGCAACCAAAACAACAAGAAAACGUGACAAAACGACAAGACGUCCCUCAACAACAACCACAGUCUCAAAUCGUAAGAGGACCACUCCUUCUCAUGGAGCAAAGCUGCCGAACCAUCCCAUCCCCACAGGUCUUGUGGUAAAUACUAGCGCUUGUCAACUGCAUGAAUAUGAUCCUUGGGACCCCACGGUAACAGGAAUAAUCAACAACGAAAAACCAUUCGGUGGAUGCCGUCAAAACUACGCAAUAGAAUUGCAACAAAAUGGAAGCAACCUUAGCAUGCACGUGAACAAAGGUCAAUUGCACCAGCAGUGUGAAGUCACCUGCUGCACUCAAGCUGUGAGACGAGACGGAGAGGGAAAAUCCGACGAUAAGUACAAAAUUGAGGGCAAAGUUGCCUGCUUUGGGAGCACAAAACCGAUCGUUGUUCAGGAUGAGCUCGUAAGAGUUCAAUGUUUUUGUAAGGGUAGUAAGUCGGUAAUAUACGAAGACUUCCGAGCAUUCAUUUUACCAAAGCCACCAAAGGAAGUCUCCAAAUCGACUGCUAGUUCUACCAGCAGUGAGGACAAGCUCAAUGUUUACAUGGUUGCUAUCGAUUCGGUUUCCAGACUCAACUUCAAGAGGCAGAUGCCUGAGGUGGACAAGAAGCUGAAGUCGCUGGGUGCUAUUAUGAUGAACGGCCUGACUAAAGUCGGCAGGAACACACUCCCAAAUAUGCUGCCUUUGCUUGCAGGAAUGACUAUUGACGAGCUAAAACCAUUCUCUGGAAAACCUCUCGAUGGUUUGCCUCUCCUGUGGAAGAAUUUCUCCUCCCUUGGAUACAGCACACUCUACACAGAAGAUGAAUCUUUCAUGUCCACCUUUAACUAUAACCGCAAGGGAUUUCAUAUCACCCCAACAGACUACUAUAUGCGACCACUCUAUCGUGCUAUGGGUAAUUCUACCUCCGUCAAAAAAUCCACAAUCACGUGUGUUAACCAGAGAGCGCAUUUUGACCUUCAGAUUCAGUGGUUGGAAGACUUCAUCUCCUUACCGGAGGUGACCCCGCAGUUUUCCCUCGUGUUUAGCAAUUCUUUGAGUCAUCGUGGACCACUGACGUACGUCCAUCCCAUGGAGAAAAGACUUGGGAAGUUCAUACACACCUUCACAAAGUCGUCACGCUUCAAUUCAUCCAUUCUGUUGGUCUUUAGCGAUCAUGGAGUACGUAUAGGAUCAAUCAUGAAGACCGAACUCGGUGGUUACGAAUCACGUCUUCCAUUCUUCUACAUUCUUCUCCCUCCCUGGUACGAGAAACGCUACCCGGAACGUGUUGCCAACCUACGCAUCAACUGUCAUAGACUCACGACGUUCUUUGACGUUCAUGCGACUCUACGACAACUCCUAGUAGAUGCUGGAGGUGCUGUUCCACCCCCAAUGCGCCAUCCGGGAGUGUCUUUGUUUGAACCUAUCGCCGAAGAGCGUUCCUGUGAAGCGGCAGAGAUUGCACCUCACUGGUGUGUAUGCCGCGCCAGAAAACCUCUUUCUACCAAUAGUUCUGUUGUGCUGCGUGCGGCCUUUAUUACUGUAUACCACAUCAAUAAUGUUAUCCUAGGUGAAGCGCGCGAGAAAUGCGUAGAACUAUCCCUCUCACGUGUAGUUUCUGCGCAGCAUACUAUCUCUGAAGGUGCCCGGGAGCAGGAUAAUAGCCAGAUGAGACAAUCCUUUGAGGAACUCGUUGUUCAAUUUGUGACCGAGCCUGGCAUGGGAGAAUUUGAAGCCACUAUCAGAUGCUGGAAGGGGCCCCCUCCAACCGGUGCGCCCAAGACGAAGCCAAAAAGUCGUUCAGAAGAUCAGGAGGAUGAUUGGCUGGCUGAAAGAUGCCAGUUCAAGCAUACCAUGUCUGUACUGGAUUUGUCCCGACUUAAUCUUUAUAAGGGGCAAAGUGAGUGCAUAACUGAAGCUGGCGAGAAAAAGCUGUUUUGCUAUUGUAAGAACUUGCUGUGAAGGGAGACAUUCAUUUGAUAUAAUUUGACUCAGUCUUAUGUGUGGUUAAAUGAAUCAAGUAUUGAUUAUUAAAUCGUUUUAAUUUGUUUAUUAUUUGAGUACCAGCUUGCUGUGAAAGCACAAUAGUCUCGCAGAAGCAGUAGGUGCAUGCCUUGCAAUACCACGUGGCAUAAUUCUGGGAAUAAUUUGAUGUAGAAUGAAGCGUGUUCCCAAAUGUGCUAAGAUUGAGAAACAAAUAAGCGUCGAUGCUCUUGUGAGAUAUGAAUACGAGACGAUCGUAGCAAGUUACAAUCGUAAAGUUUUAUAAUAUGUGUGUGUUUUGUGCCUGACUUUUGUAUUUCGUCUGCUUUGUGUAACGUCAUUACUAGACCUGUCUGUAGAUUUAAUCGCUUUGUUGUUGUAGUGUUUUGUAUUGCGUCUGCUAUAAGAAAACGAUAGAAAA